GUUUCAUUGAAAGUCAAUGCAUUGAAUGGUUGAUAUUUUACUUCUCGUGGUUGCCAAACUUUGGGUGACAGAGGAGGUUUUUCAGCCAAUACUAGAUCUUGAGUUUUGGAGAAAUUAUUGACUUUCUUACAGUAUCAAACUAUCAAGCAGAGGUUAACAUCUUGCUACUGCCUCAGCUAUUUGUCCCUCUAAGAACUGCAAUCCUAGAUGGAAUAGAAGAUGGAAGAAAAGAAUCAAAUCCAAAUUCCAAGAGUGAAGCUAAGUUCUCAGGGGCUAGAGGUGUCAAAACUGGGAUUUGGAUGCGGGGGGCUUUCUGGCUAUUAUAAUGCUCCUCUAUCCCAUGAAGAGGGAUGUUCAGUAAUCAAGGAAGCAUUUCAUAGAGGUAUAACUUUCUUUGACACAUCAGAUGCCUAUGGACGAAAUAAUGAUAACGAGAUCUUGGUUGGAAAGGCUUUAAAGCAGCUUCCUCGAGAAAAGGUUCAACUAGCAACAAAAUUUGGCAUUUCUGUACUUCCUGAAAGUACAAAAGCAAUGGGGUUGGUUGAUCAAAUUCGUAUCACCGGUACCCCUGAAUAUGUUCGCAAAUGUUGUGAAGCUAGUCUUAAGAGGCUCGAUCUGGACUAUAUUGAUCUGUACUAUCAGCACCGUGUAGAUGUUUCAGUGCCAAUAGAAGAGACUAUGGAGGAGCUCAAAAAGCUUGUGGAGGAGGGGAAAGUAAAGUACAUCGGACUAUCUGAAGCUAGUCCGGACACAAUAAGGAGAGCGCAUGCUGUACAUCCUAUUACAGCCUUACAAAUGGAAUAUUCUUUACUGUAUCGUGGAAUUGAAAAAGAAGUUAUUCCACUUUGCCGAGAACUUGGUAUUGGAAUUGUGGCAUAUUCCCCUCUUGGUCGCUGGUUUUUUGGAGGGAAGGCAGCAGCGGAGAGUAUCAAUUCAGAAAGCAUAUUGGGUUCAAUUCCAAUGUUUGCUGGAGAGAAUUUAGAAAGGAACAAAGUUCACUAUGCCCGCAUAGCAGAAUUAGCAAUAAAACAUGGCUGCACGCCCUCACAACUAGCUUUGGCAUGGCUCUUCCAUCAGGGAGAUGAUGUUGUACCAAUUCCUGGUACAACUAAGCUUAUGAAUCUUGACAAUAACAUCAGAUCUUUGGUUGUGAAGCUUAAUAAAGAGGAUUCGAAAUCAAUAUCUGAAGCAGUGCCAGUUGAUUCAGUCGUUGGUGAAAGACAACUGCCUUGCAUGUAUAAAUACAGCUGGGAUUUUGCAACAACACCACCCAAAAACAAGAAUUCGUCAGCCACAUAAUUCCACGCAUUGAAAUCUUUGGAAUGUAUGCAGGAUUCCUCCGAGUUUCUUACGGUGUGUGUCCCAGAAAUCAUUAGUUGAAUGUGAGUGAGAUCACAAAAUCUAGGCAAGUUUGGAUGGUUUUCUCUUAUAAAUAACUGAUCAUGUAAGUGGUAAUUAUAAAUCUUUUUAUUGCAUCCAGAUGAACUGGAAUAUGUCAAUUACUUGGUGAGUUUGUGCUGAUUGUAUUCUCGUCAGAAAAGAAUAAUGUGUUUUCCUUUGUGAGCUACCAUAACGGCUUA